UAGGGCUCGUUCUAAACCAACAGAAAUUGGUGGCCACCUUUUUUUGAAUGUUUGUGCUUGGAAUUUGUGUUGUUUCUUAAAGUGAAGCAAUGAUUGCAUUGGAAUUUUAUCUAUUUUAACAGUUCAUGUACACAAUUUUUUUAAAACCAAAAUGAUUCCGGCUGUAAGAUUGGCCUCUCAUGAAAUUGAAGACUUAAUGAAAGCUCGUUCCCGAGAAGCACGUUUAAAACGUUUGCAUCAGGUACGCGAACAGUCAUCUCAGUUUGCAAAAAGUAUAAGAAAUGCAAGAGAUGAAAAGAAGGAGAAAGUGCUAAAAAAUAUGGAAGUAGAGCUGAAGAGCAAAAUUGAUUCAGAAGUGAAGGCUAUAGUCCAAGAACUGGAAGAAGAUGUUUUAACCUGUUUGACAAAGUUUGGCAGAGCUCAUGCGAGAGCUGAUGAAGAAAAUGAAGAAAACUUUGAACUAGUUCGCCAUGAUGAGAUGGAGAAAAACAGACAGAAAGCAACACGUCUAGGAAAGGAUGCUCUGAAAGAACUCAAGACUCAGAGACAUCAGACAUCUGUUGAACAAAACAAGAAAAUCUUGCUAAGAAAACAAGCCCUUGAUACAGAAGCUGUUAGAUCUGCUUAUGUUGCCUCUUUGCCUCCUGUAAAAGUAGUAGCAGAAACAGUGAAAGAAAAUCCACCAAAAGUCAUUCGUUUUGACAAAUCAACACUUUUCCAGACAGAAUAUGUAAUUAAGGAUAAAAUUGUGGAAGCAGUCCAAAGCCCACAGGAUGCUAGACAAGCAGCUAUACUGUCUGAAAUUGAGAAUCAAGAGUUGAUCAAGAAAAAUGAGAAAAUAAGAGCUGAAAAUGAUAAGAAAAUUAUGAAAAGAGGGAAAGAAGCUUUGGUUAAAGAAAAGAGCCACAGCAACUAUUUACGACUGCUAGAAGAGUUGGACAAAAUUGAAAAAGAACCAGACAGGAAUUGGGACAUCGAGAGCACCGCGACCAACGUUGACCAGUCUUCACUUGCGUCAUCUUCUCGAGCCAUUUCACCUUCUAAUUCCGUUCCCGAAUGCUCAAUAGAACUGGAAAAGAAAACUUCGACUGUCGACAAUCUUUCAACGACUCCUCGACCUCAAUACAGUGAAGAUGUUUGUCGACAAUGGUCCUCAGAUGACGAAGACAUGGUACCAGUUCGAGAUAUCCUCCCACACAAAUCUAUCCCUCCACCAAAGCUGAGUGCCAAGGAUUCUCAACAGCUCAACGAAAUCGGGAACUUGCUUAAGGAGCUCAAAGCGGAACAGGAACGCUGGAUCGCUUCCGAUCAGGCCAAUGUUGUCAAAGGGUUUGAGUCAAAGCCCAGUUCGAGUUCAAGUUCUAUUUCUUCUUCGAUUCCAUCCACAUCAUCUACUUCUGAUGACGGCGUAGUCGUCUUUAGCGACGAAGAUGUGCAAAUCCGACUUGAUGUGACUGAGAAGUCAGAUACUUCAUCCAACGACUCUCAACGUCGGAAAAAUCUCGCCAACGCAUUGAAUGCAAUUCGAAAAGAACGCGUGCAGUUGGAUACUAUUUUGGAAUCCAGCAAACCAGCAAAGCGUCCCGGAAUACUCCGAAGGCCAGUUUCUAUGCCGGAUUCUUGCGCUACAUCAACCCCUUUGGCGACUGACAGCAGUGCGAGGAGACAAACAAAGACGGAAGAUCAUCGAAAGCAAGUUCUGAAACAUUACGUCCAAAAGUUACUGGAAAUGAAGAGGCAGGACGUCCGGGAGCUCAGCGUUACUACUUCCUUGGCUAGCAACUCGACAUCUACACCAAAGUCGCUUGCGGGAUCGAUUCCGCCUUACCGCCCUGCGCCCAACACACCGGAAGAAGCAGAGUGGUCUAAAAGGACAGAAUCUACGCCUUCGGCUUACGAUUCCCCGUUUUCCCGUUCAGAACAAUCAACAUCGAAGAUCUCGAAUGCUUCCUCGUUGCCCUUGGGGGCUGAGGCUUCCGCUUACCGCAAAUCGGAAGCCGGAAAAUGGGAUUCGAGCGGCAGUGGACCCUUCACUUUUGGACCAUUGUUAGACGUCUAUAACGAUGUCUAUCAAGCGUAUAACCAACGCUUGCGCGUUGUAGCGGAAGAACGGCGAGCCCAUCAGCAAACUCCGCCGUGGCAGGAGACGCCAACCGAAUCUUCUUUCAUGUCGUUGACUCUAUCGGCCACGUCCACCGAGCGAUCCUCUGUCUCCAGGCAACGAUUAAGUGGCUUCCCUAUAGAUCGUUCAUCCUUCAGUGUCGAGCUCUCCCUCUCUUCGUCUUCAUCGGGCAACAGUAGCCGCCAGCCAACUUCGGUCCGAGAUUGGGACAAACUUUCGCCUAGGUCCCAAGUAGGCACCUCCAGCAGCAGCAGCAGCAGCAGUAGUACUGUAUCUGAACUUAAAUCAAUCAAUUUGUCCAGUGGAAGCAGUCAGGACAUAUCCAUGCCGGACGUCGAUGAAGCUCUAAGGCGUCUCGGUCUUCCGUCGAUGCAGUCCGUCUUGAGGCGCUGAAAACAUUCCCUUUUCCUUACUUCUUUUUCUUUACAUUCAACGAAAUUUCACUAUUAUGAAAUCAUUCCCAGAAAAAAGAGAAAUUCAUUUGUCAAAAGAGUCAAACGAGUGGGUUUCAAUAUUGGAUUUUUUUUUUUAGAAAACUUGAGCGACGCAACAUUUUGCACAUGUCGUUGAAAUUAUUUAUUCACAAUAUGUCGAUUUUAUAAUGCAUCCAUCAAAAGUUAUGUGUGUGUGUGUUUUUACGACGUGGGACCUGCAGAGAAGAGUUGGGAAUAAUGUAAUAGGCGGGCAAGGGGGUGUAAUGUUGAUAUAUGUACAAGACUCAGAAUGUGAAAUAAUAAAUUGGCACGCCUUUAAUCGGACA